CUAUCCUCGAACUCGAACAUUGAUUAUAGUUCUUGCGAAUGGGAUACCUAAUUUGAUGAUAACAUCAUGAUGAAAAAAUUUGAUCUAGUUCUCAAAUUUCGUCUUCACUUUGAGCAAGAAAUUGUUAUUUUUGGGGACAAGUUUUAAGAGUCAGGACUGCGUAGUAGGGAGUAUCAUUGACCAUGGAGCGUGCCGCCGAAGAACCCAGUUAGUUUACACAGACAACGCCCAGCGUAUGAAGAGAAACUCCAUUGAUGAAUACUGUUGGAGAAGCCAUGAUUCGUAGAAUGCUAAGCAAGGGUAUUCGAGUUGCCUCACUGACUUCACCCCAACUUCCAUGUCCGCGUUAUUUCUCCCCAUUUUCUUCUUCUUCCCGUCUUAAUUCUUCAUCUUCUAACCCUAAUUCUUCUGCUUCCGAAACCAAUGAUAUUGACGAUGUCCCUUCUGAUGUUUCUACUCAAGAGCUAAAGCGCAGAAUAAGUCGUUACUUAGAAGGUGAAGACGAUGCUAUUCCUUCCAUCUUUGAAGCUAUAUUAGCAAGGAAAUUGAGUGGAAAACAUGAUAACUCUGAUGAUGAGAUAAUGGAGGAGUUUCGAUCAAAAAAGCGGGAAAACAAGGAUCAACAUUUUUUGUCCAAUUUGGAUGUUAGUGAUGAUAAUACCGAUUCAGAUGAGGAUGACACCGAUUCAGAUGAGGGUGACACCAAUUCCGAUGAGCAUGACACAUAUUUGGAUGAGAAGGACAACGAUUCUGGUAACGAACUUACAUUAUGGCUGGAGGAAAUACAACGAGAGCAAGGGAGGGAAGAAUGAUGAGUUUUCCUUCCAAGUUCGUCCAUUGUAUGAAAGAUUUGUUUCUCGCAAAUAGAAAUUCAUGACUCUAUUUGCAUCGAGUUUAUCGAGUUUUUUUAGUUUUAUGGUGCAAACUCAGGACAAAAGAAAUACAACUUAAAAAAUGGACUUUGGCAAUUAAAUGAGAACAAGAGUUGCUCAUGUUUACAAGUCUAAAGGAGGUUCAUAUUUUAAACCAAUUAACUAUAGUAGGAGUUACUCAUUCGACGUAAGAGGUAUAUUCCUUUCUCUUUCUCUGAACAACUAGACAAUAAUGCUCAACUGUAACAAAUUCAUUGGAUUUUAUUUAGUUUUCAGUCGGGACAGGUUGAUGCUUAUUGAUUGUGUAGUCUUUUGCCUUUUAUGUUAUGCAAUUAGAGUUUUAGCCUCAAUUUAGGUUUUUAAAUAUUAUCUACAACUUCCUCCGUUCUGAAAUACCCAUUAUAACAAGUAUAAUAGUACUUGUUAUAGUAAGUAUAAUCAAACGGAAGAAGUAUAUAGUUGAUAAUUUUUGAUACUUCAAAUGUUUUUUUUAUCUGUAGCUUGGUAAUAUCUCAGUCCCUCCUAUUCGCUAUUAUUAUC